AUGGUGCGCAUAAAGUCACGAACGCCGUCACCCUCAGGAGGAGAAGUUGAGGAGUUUGAGAGCUUCGAUCUUUACACUCCUGAUAGCCUCACACUGGUUGGCUCGGACACAACACCCACCACCCCGCGAAAGAGAUCCAGCGCUGCAUACAGCGCCAGCCCCUCCGCCAAGAGAGCCUCUACCGCGAGCUCCAGGGCCUCGGCGAGCGCCAGGGCCUCCGCCACCCCCAAGAAGAAGACAAACCAGGCGAAGGCUGCCCCGAAGCCAAAGCCGGCCAAAGCGCCCAAGAUUAUCUUUGGCUUUGACUUUGGAACCACUUAUUCGGGCAUCGCGUACGCCUUCUCUGGCGACGCAAAGAAGAUUGACACCCUAAUGAACUGGGACGACACGAACAAAGAUUACGUGAAGAUUCCCUCCGCCAUCAAGUUCACCCGUCACGACUCGGAUGACAUCUGGGGCGUCGAUGCCAAGAAUCUUUCAGAUGCCCUCAAAUGGUUCAAACUGACCCUCCUCAAUCCGCCCGACCUGGAUGUGGGGCUCCGCAACUCCGUUCACAUCCAGAAUGCCCGAGCUGCUCUGCAGGCCCUGGACAUGUCGCCGGUGGAUGCCAUCAGCGCUUACAUGGAGCACAUGUGGGAACACUGCAUCGAGAAGCUGAAAGUCGCAGAGGGAGAGGAGACCGUGGACACUUCGCGAUUCCGCAUUGUGUUCACCGUUCCAGCCAUCUGGCCGAACUACGCCCGCCAACUCAUGCAAGAGGCAGUCGAGCAGGCAGGAAUCCUCAAGAAACGCACGAUUGGUCGGACCGAGCAUGACUUUGUCUCCGAACCUGAGGCUGCUGCCCUCGCGACCUUGUCGGGCAUCGAGAAACGACCCAACAUCGAGACCAAUGACAUCUUUGUCGUCGUCGAUUGUGGAGGUGGCACCGCGGAUGUCAUCAGUUACAAGGUUACCGACACGGAUCCCAUGACUGUUCAAGAGGCUGUCAAGGGUAAAGGUGACCUCUGUGGCGCAAUCUUCGUGGACGAACGCUUCAAGGCACUCCUGAUGAGCAAGCUACAAGAAGUGUCUGAAGACGCCAUGGCUCGUGUUUCUGAGGAAGAGAUUCAGGAGAUGAUGUCCCGGAACUGGGAGGACGAAAUUCGCAGUCAAUUCAGCGGCGCAGCCAAGACUUGGACCAUCCGCCUGCCGUACAGCCUCAUCGACGAGGAUCUAUUGGACCCCAAUAGUGGCUACCCGAAGUUUACCAUCACGUCUGCAGAGGUAGAGGAAGUUUUCAGGCCCAUUGUGGAGAAGAUACACUCGUUGGUCAACCGCCAGAUUGAGGCUGCCGUCAAGAAAGAAGGCAGAGCUCCCAAGUAUGUGAUACUGGUGGGAGGUUUUGGCAGUUCCAAGUAUCUCCGCGAGUACCUCAAGCAACGCUGCCAUGGAGUGGAGAUCUUGCAGCGAAGAGGCUCCGAGCCCUGGUCCGCCAUCUCUCGUGGUGCAGUCAUUUAUGGCAUGACGAAAUGGAAGAUUGACACUCCCUUCAGUGUUGGCGUCGGAUCCAGGAUUUCGAGGGCCAGUUACGGCGUGGUCUGUGAGGAGGAGUGGGAUGACGACCUUCACCAAGCAGAGGACAAGACUUUCGACGCAGUCCUACAGAAGGAUGUUUGCAUCAGGGUGAUGAAGUGGCAUGUCAAAAAGGGCCAGGACAUCUAUGUGGAUCGCCACCCUUCGUUCACCUUCACCAAGUACCUCACCGAGCCACCAGAGAAAAUCGAGACCAUCAUUUACAUGUCUCUGGCGGAGGACCCACCUGCUCGCAAGGAUGAUUCCGUGAGGGAGGUAUUCAAACUCACGUUGGACAUUCAGUUUACAUGGGAUUCCCUCGAGGUCUUCGUCAAUGACCAACACAAGACCUUCAAGAAGCUGGAGUACACCGUUGAGAUGAAGUGCAGUGCCGGAGCCACUGUUUUCUCAAUCUACCACGGUGGCUACAAACAGGCCGGCAGGAACGUCGCUCUGAAAGUCUACAAGACUGCUGACAUUUGA